AUGUUUGGUGAAAGAUACAUUUUGACCCAUAUGUCCACUAUAACUAGUCCUAGGGCAGCUGAUCGCAGGUUCUUUGCACUUCCAAUAUUCGUUGCGGUAAUCAGUGGUAUGGCAAUCAAAUUACAUAGUCCUAUUGCACGACUGCUCUAUGAAAAGUUUGAGCAUACUCAAGAACAUCUAGAAUCGACGCAUGAAUAUUGGUAUACCGUUCGAUCCAAUCUUCUUUCGAAAUAUGCAAUGGAUCGUUUCGUUCGGGCUCAUCAAGAUGAGGAAACAACCCAAUUCCUCAAGUCAUGCUUUGAUAGGUCUGACUGGUUUUUUACACAACUGUAUCAUACGAUAUCAAGAUCAAUCCUGACUUGUUUCAUGACGCUUACCUCGUGCAAUGGUCUUCUCAAUCGAGGGUCAAUGUUUGUCUUCUCCAGCACGCUUUUCCGAUACCUGCUCGAUGCUGAUGAGAAUUGGAAAGCUCCAAAGCUACUGGAUCUAGGCGCCGGUGAUGGGCGUGUGACAAUGCGCAUGGCCCCAAUGUUCGAUGAGGUCUACGUGACGGAAAUCUCUCCCGUCAUGCGGUGGCGAUUGCGGCAGGCGAAUUUCACAGUGCUGGAAGUAGAGGAGUGGGAUAAGGCCCCAGCGGAGGCGGGCGCAACGACGGCACGGCAGUACGAUGUGGUGGCGUGCCUCAAUCUCCUCGACCGCUGUGCCUCCCCCCUUACCCUCCUCCGGCGGAUGCGCGCCGUUCUUACCCCCACCACCGGGCGCCUCGUCCUUGCCCUCGUCUUCCCUCUCACCCAAUAUGUCGAAACCACGGCGAAGAACGAGCCAUUGGAGAUGAUGGAGGUCUCGAAAAGCCGUGCCUGGGAGGUGCAAUUUGACAGUUUCCUCACCAACGUCCUCCAACCGGCAGGUUUUGAUUUAAUCCGCUGGACGCGGGUACCCUACCUCUGUGAGGGCGACUUUUCACGCUCCUUUUACUCCCUCAACGAUGUUGUCAUGAUUGUCAAACCCUCCGGCGACCCUUCCCAACCAUACAUUCUCUCAUAA